AUGAAGGGAAGAUUUUGUUGUUUCAUGCUAGCUCUGCAACUAGUGAGUUGGGUUUCUACAGCAAGAACAAUACCUCCAGGUCCAGAACUGGCUCCACAAUCUUCUCCAUAUACUCGAGAACCAAAACAGGAUUUGAUAUCAGAGACUGUGAGAGAAAAAUAUAUUACACGAGUUAGCAAAAUAGGGUCAACCCCACCAAUUUGUGAGCAUAAGUGUAAUGGAUGUACGCCAUGCGAAGCCAUUCAAGUGCCCAGCACCAGUAGGCAACACAACCAUGUGGGAAUCCAAUACGCAAAUUAUGAGCCAGAGAGCUGGAAAUGCAAGUGUGGCCCUUCUACCUACAGCCCCUGA